UUAUAUUUACUUUUUAUAGGUGUACAAAUAAUUCAAAAUUUAUCAAUUUCUUCCUGUGAAGGAGGAUAUUUUGAAAUAAACGCAGUCCUGUUGCCCGGAGCAACGGGUAUUGUCAUGAGAGUAUUUGAUUCUCAAAAGAACCUCCUUUCAUUUCCACAAGAAAUAAAGUGUGAUGAUGAAGGCUUAAUCGUCGCUAAUAGUUCAGGAAAACUUGAACCAGGCAAUUACACUGUUGAAAUAGCCUAUUUCAAUGGAGAUGGAACUAUUGAUAACUCAUCUACAAGUUACCGGUACUUUAAUCUCAGUUGUAGUACAGAUGAUAUAUUAAGUACUACUCCUCCUCCUACUACUACUACUAAUAUUCCAUUGACUUCGAUAGUAAUAGUGUGUGUUAUAGCAGCAAUAGUAGCAACUAUUGUCAUUUUUGUAGUAAUAAUAGUAUUAAUAAAGAUAAAGUCUAAAAAAAGUAAAUACACUGUAAGUGACAAAGGAGUUACAUACUCUGCUAAGGAUGUGACUAUUGUAAUUGAAGAUUCAGAGCAGCAAAAAAGGUACAAGUAUAUUUAUAAUAAUGAUGUUCUGUUUUGUGUUUCUUUCCUUUUAGUAAAACUGAAGGGGAUAUACCAGCACCUCACUCUGUACCUGUAGUUGAUACAGAAUCACAUUCUGAGAGCCAACCCCAUCCUCCUCGAAAUUAUCCUAAACCUGAAAAUCUCCCAGCUCCUAACACACCGACUAAUACAGAUGCAUCUACUAAACCAUUAAUUGGUAAUGGUGGUGGAAGC